AUACCUUGCAGAGAGCGUAAUACCUGUGUACUGUAAAAGAACUGCAAAUCUUUGGACGAAAAAGGCCAGAUCGUAUCCCGUUCUUUGUUCGUAAAUUUUAACAUACUGAAAAGAGAGUUAUUUGUUUUAAGAUGGUCAAAAGCAAAGCGCCGCAAGAGAAGAACAUCCAAGUGGUCGUGCGUUGUCGGCCACGUAAUGGAAAAGAAGUCAAAGAAAGCUCACCAUCGGUGGUAAAGUGCCAGCCAUUGAAGAGGGAGAUUGUCGUCAAACACGACGUUGGAAAUAUUUCAUCGGCCACAUCUACAACAAAGACAUUUACCUUUGAUCGUGUUUUUGGUCCAGAAACCAAGCAGAUUGAUGUUUAUCGCUCAGUUGUUGUGCCAAUCUUAGAUGAAGUGUUGAUGGGAUACAACUGUACAAUCUUUGCCUAUGGCCAGACUGGAACAGGAAAAACAUAUACUAUGGAAGGAGAGAGAAGUCAAGAAGAUUGUUCUUGGGAAGAGGAUCCCUCAGCGGGAAUCAUUCCACGAACCAUGCAUCAGUUGCUGGAGAAACUCAACAGUCAAACUGACUGUGAAUUCUCUGUAAGAGUUUCAUUUUUGGAGAUCUACAAUGAAGAACUGUUUGAUUUGCUGAGCUCAAGUUUGGACAGCCAAAAAAUGCGUCUUUUUGAAGACUCCUCUCGAAAAGGGUCUGUUGUCAUUCAAGGACUUGAAGAGCUUGUUGUUCAUGACAAAGAUGAUGUGUAUAACAUUUUAGAAAGAGGCAGAGCAAAGCGUCAAACAGCAGCAACUCUGAUGAAUGCACAUUCAAGUCGUUCCCAUUCUGUGUUCUCUGUCACCAUUCACAUUAAAGAGAAUUCUGUCAGUGGUGAGGAAUUAUUGAAGAUUGGCAAGUUAAACUUGGUGGAUUUGGCAGGAAGUGAAAAUGUUGGUAGAUCAGGAGCAGUUGAUAAAAGGCUCAGAGAAGCUGGAACAAUCAAUCAGAGCUUGUUGACGUUAGGAAGAGUGAUCACAUCACUGGUGGAACGAGCUCCUCACAUACCUUACAGGGAGAGUAAAUUAACAAGGAUGUUGCAGGAUUCACUUGGAGGUCGCACUAAAACCUCCAUAAUUGCCACCAUAUCCCCAGCACUGUGCAACUUGGAGGAAACUCUAAGCACUCUGGAUUACGCUCACAGGGCCAAGAACAUUCUCAACAGACCAGAAGUGAAUCAAAAACUUACAAAGAAAACUUUAAUUAAGGAGUACACUGAGGAAAUAGAAAAACUUAAGAAAGAUCUUCUGGCAGCCAGGGAGAAGAAUGGCGUUUACAUAGCAGAAGAGAAUUACCAUGCUAUGCAGCAAGAGAUCAAAUCUCAGCAAGAGCUGAAUGCUGAAAGAGAAGCUAAAAUCCAGGCCCUCCAAGAAGAAAUGCGAAAGAUCAAUGAAUUGUUCACUGAUACUCAGCAAGAGCUGGAAGAAAGAUGCAUGGAGCUGGAAGAAAAGGAAACUGAACUGCAAAAAACCAACCGUUCACUGAAGGAAACUAAACAUACUUUAAGAACAACAGUCAUGGAGAGAGAUCAGAAUCAGUAUCUUGUUGACAAUCACAGCAGAAAUGAGGAUCAUCUGCAUAGUCAGGCUUCUUCUCUUCUUCACACAGUUGAAGAUAGCCUUUCUGAUGUACAUGGACUCCACUCAAAACUUGACCGUAAGCAAACUGUUGAGGCUCACAAUGUCAAUGCUCAAGAUACAUUUGGAGAGGAUUGCAAGAAUUUGAUUCAAAAAGUGAGAAAGAAUUUGAACCAGUUUCAAGGAGAGAACACUGUGUUCUUUGAUGCAAUGAAGAAAACCUUAGGGAACCUUGUUUCAAAGAAGACUGAUGAAUCAUUAAAACUGCAAGAUCAAAUGCAGAGUUUUAAAGACAACAUGAUUGUGCAAAUGCAUGCACUGUCCUCCAGAGAGCAGGAAAAAGACAGUUCCUGUGAAACCUGGCAUAGUGAUGUUUCCAGUAAGGUUCAAGAAAACAAGGAUAAUAUUUGCUCUGUGCUUCACACCCUCAAGAAUGAGGAGUUUUUGCCCAAAAUGAGGGAACUUGAAAUCUCAGUUCAUUCAAUGGCUGCCUUUCAGAACCAGUUUGCCACAUUUUUCAACGAUAAGAUGGGUAAUUUGUCUUCAAUGGUGAAAACCUUUGUGGAGGGCCAAGAGUCCAUGCUGGAGAGUUUGGAUGCAAUGGUAAACAGACAUUCACAAGAGCAGGUUCAAGCAUUGGGAGAAAUAAUGAGUAAGACAGACUUGAUGGUAAACAACCAGAAAACCCUUGUAAAGGAGCUCCAGCAGACAUUCUUCAAGCAGAUGAUGUCGCUAUUUCAAGAAGUCAAUGAUAAACAAAGUGAAAAAUUAUCAGAAGAUGCAAGCAAGGUCACAGAAGUGACUUCAGAGGCUCGAAAACAAGUAGAAAGCGCUAAUACCAAUCUCAGAAGUUAUUGUGACUCUCUGAGGAACUGUGCGUCACAAUUUUCUGAAAGCUGUGAACAUGCUGUCAAUGACAACGUUAUCCAGGCACAGAAAAGUUUUAAACAGGCUGCAGAACAAAUCCAGGAAACUUCAAACAUUCAUAAGAGAGUCGAGGACGGUGUGGUAAACGCCUCUCACAAAGUUGACCAGCUGGCCAUGCAAUGGCAAAACAUGUUGGAAGAAUCGUUCACACAGCAUCUUGACACACUGAAGGGCUGUUCAUCUCAACAGCAGAAUUCAGUCCAGGAAUGCGAAAAACAGAUAAAGCAACAUUAUAGUGACGUAGAAAAUGCACUAGCCGCGCAUGGACACUCGCUCGAAGAAUUCACCAAGACCCAAGAGCGUCUGCUGUCCGACCAAUCAGAAGGAGUAGACACAUGGUCACAUGACCAAUAUGAAACUGUUGACCAGGUUAAUACCAGAGUGACCCAGUUUCUACAGAGAGAUUUGAAGCAAGAUCUACCAACAG